UUUUAGGUAGGGCCAGGAAAGAAAGAAUUUUAACGGUGUUUAUAACAUCCAUGAUCGAUUAUAUAUUAAUAAUGACAUAAUUUUUAAUUUAUAUUUUAUUACUGUUUACACGUAUCAUUUCAUUAUAUACAUUUGGAUUUUAAGAAUUAUGCAUUUAGGUCUUCUAUAUUUCUAAGAAAAGGCUAUUGAUUAUCCAUACAUUAUGAAGUACUUCAACAUUCUAUGCAUUUCCUUGAUAACACUUUUAGUCAUCUGCAUUAAAAGAAGUUUAUGUAUUUCUGGCCCAGAUUUAGUUGUUUCUAACGUAACAGAAAGUAAAGUACAUGUUGUUUGGACUCCACUUAAGAUACCUGGCAAAGUGAUUGAAAAAUAUCAAGUCUCUGCCUAUCCUCUACAAUCAUUUGGAACAGAUAUUUUGAAACAGAACGAAUGGACCUUUUCUAAUAGUUCAAGCCGUACUGAUCUUGUUGGCUUGCAUCCAGGCACCAAAUACAACAUCAGUGUUUGGGCUGUCACAAGUGAUGGUCGAACUGAUCCAACUACUAAAAUAGUUUGGACUGAAGUUGGAGAUCCAGAAGAACCACCACCAGUAGAAAUAUUAGAAAAAAAUGGAAAGACUAUGCUAGUGAAUAUACCUGUUGGCUUAAGUGAUAAAGGUCCUAUUACAAGUUACUUUGUUGUUCCUGUGCAGAAAAGAAACAUAAUACUUUUUAACCCUGAGGAACUUAGCAAUUAUUCUACUUCACAAGAAAUUGGCUUGCCUUAUUAUAUUGCAGCCAAUCUUACUCCUGAACAAGCAAAUAAAACCUUCACUGUUGGUGAUGGAAGAACUUAUAAUGGAUAUUUUAAUGCUCCAUUAUCAGAAGAAAAAGAUUAUGAAGUUUUGGUUGGAGUUGUUAGUUCUUUAAAUGAAGUAACUAAAGUGUCAUAUUCCCCAUUACGAUCAACUCUUGAUGAUGGAAUUCCUGGUGUUUCAAGAGCCCAAACAAGUUCUACCGUAUCUGUUAUACUAUCUGCUGCCAUUGGUGUAUGUGGAUUUCUCUUAGUUUUGUCUGUGAUUCUGUACUUUUUGCUCCGAAGACACUAUGGGAAGAGGCGACCAUCUGAUGAGAUGGUUUUGAGAGUUCAUGAAGGAGUUUUUGGGGUCCCACAAACACCCCUGAAAAUUGCUAAUGAAUUAGAAUUAGCCCAAAUCCACUAUAAUAUAUUUAUCAUAAAUGUUAUAGAAAGCUUUACGGUAAUUUUAUUUUUCACUUAUUGGAAAUCUAAAAUCAUUUUAGCCCAAACAAGUUCUACCGUAUCUGUUAUACUAUCUGCUGCCAUUGGUGUAUGUGGAUUUCUCUUAGUUUUGUCUGUGAUUCUGUACUUUUUGCUCCGAAGACACUAUGGGAAGAGGCGACCAUCUGAUGAGAUGGUUUUGAGAGUUCAUGAAGGACUGACUUCGGAUCUUAGCGAUUAUUUCCCAUUAGAAAAGGAUGAAAAUGGCUUUGUUCCGGGUAUGUUACAGUUAAGUGAAGAUGCUGACCUUUCGGAAGUUUAUGAAACCUUGAGAGGGAAAUAUUGGCAAAUACCUAGAAGUAAUUUAGUAGUCCAUCAAACUGUCUUGGGUGUUGGUCAGUUUGGAGAAGUCCGGGAAGGUGUGGUUCAUAGGCGUUCACAGUCCAUUCCCUGUGUUGUACAACAUAUGCAAGCUCCUUCCUUAUUAGGAGAUAAAGAAAAGAGAGCCUUAUUGUGUGAAUUAGAUCAGAUGUCUAGAGUAGGAUUUCAUGCUAAUGUUGUGGAAUUUCUUGGAGCAUGCGAUGAGAGAGAUGUUCUACAAGUAGCUAUUGAACAUCAUCCCUCAUCUCUAAGGGGUUUACUACUUCGCAGUAGACAACCACCAGGUGGUAAAGUGAGUAGUUUAUCAGAACCAUUGCUAUUGGAAUUGGCUUCAGGUAUUGCUCAAGGAAUGGCUCACCUUGCUGACAGAGGUAUUUUACAUCGUCAUCUUUCUGCCAGGAAUAUUCUUAUUGCAGAAGGAUCGAUUCCAAAAGUUGCGCAUUUUGGCCUUGGUUAUUACAAUCCACUUGGAAAGAAACUUUUAUACACGAGAUGGACAGCUCCAGAGGUCUUGAACCUUAAUACUUAUACCUGUAAAAGUGAUGUUUGGGCAUUUGGUGUACUUUUAUGGGAAUUGUUUACAUUGGGUGGGUCUCCAUAUGUCAGUCUUCCUACUAGAGAUAUUUUGCCUCGUGUAAUGCAGGGAAUGCGUCUUCCACAACCAAAAGGUGUCUUUGAUGAAUUGUUUCAGCUGAUGUUACAUUGUUGGGAAUUAGAUGCUGAUGAAAGGCCUUCAUUUAUGGAAUUAGCUACCAGUUUGCAGAGCAUGUUUUUAAAUGCUAAGGAACACAUUAAUUUCCAGGAUUGUGUCAACUAUCAAUAUGCUAAAUUUGAUCCUGCUGCUGAAGAUCAGUAAACAAUGCACUUAUGUACAUUCCUAGACAACAUUUCAAGAGUUUUAUAUUGUACAUAUAUUAUUUUCCCACCUCAGUUUUAUAUUGAUAUUUAAUUUUCUAUGAUAUGCUAGAUAUUUGAUGGCAGUGAACAAUCUAGAAGUAUAUGAAAACAGUAUUGCAGCUAUUUCUUAUCAAAUGAAAGGACAUCUCUAUAUAUUUUGUUUCUUAAUUUUAUAGAACAGUUUAUAAUACUAAGUCAUAAUAUCAUACCAGGUAUAAUGGUCUCUUGGUAAUUUUUAUUAUAUUUUUUUAUACAUAUGCUCUUAGUUAGAUUUGACAUAAAUUUUUACAAUUUAUUAUAAAAUGUAUAUUUAGCAUUUGGGUUUCAUAAUUUUCAUUUUAUUAAGCAUUUUAUAUGAAUUUGUUAAGCAAUCAAUUUUUAUUGUUAUUAGAUCUUUAAUCAGUGAAUGUUUGUGAUCAAGCUUUACUUGAAAAUUAAGAAGAAAAAAAAUUAUUCUAUAUUAGUUAGAAUAUUUUUCAAUUACUGAUUCAAUAUUUUAAUCUGUAUUUACUCUCUUUAUAUUAAGAUGUCUUUUUAAACUUUUGAUCAUCAUCUAUCUGCAAAAUUUUGUGACUAUCCCAUGAUUGGAAAAUUUAAAGAACAUCAAUCCUUUCAUGUAUAUAGACUGUUUUUUGUGUGUGAAAUGGAUGUUCAAUUCAUGGAGGGGGGGGGGUAUAUAAAUGACACUAGAAAGAAAUUAAAGAAAUUCACUUUGCAAAUUUUAUUUAAAUAUUUUAAGUUUACCUUUUUUUUUAUCAGCUAAUAUUAAAAAUUGUAAAAGAAGUGAUCCUUUAAGUUUCUCGUGAAUCAAAUUUUAUUCUAAACAAUUCCAAAAGGCAUUGUUCAAAAUCCUUGAUGUGCAUUAAAUCAAAUGACUUACUUUCAUUAGAUUUAAAUAUUAUAAAUAAUUUUUAUGGUUGAUUGUGUUUUUAAAAUCAUAUUUCGCUUAUUUGUAUUGCAAUUAUUAUGUAAGCACCUAAAUUAUUUGUAUUAUAUUUUUUAUCUGAUGAUCAAAUUUAAAAUUUGAUAAACAACUUUUUCAUUGAAUUUUUUUGUCAAAUUUAUUAUAAAACAAACUUUUCUAUAAAUCAGCAGUUAUUCAUUUUCUAAUACUUUCUGCAUAUUUUCUAUUUAUUGAAAUCACUGCUACAAUUUUAUACAUUCCGAAUUUUUUUUUAUUUAUUUAUUUUGUGAUAAUUAUUUUUUUUUAUCUUGCCUUACCUCAUAAUUUUUUUUGUAUAUAAUAAUACUUAAAUCUUAUAUUUUUAUUACUUUCUUGGGAAGAAAAAGUGCUUGAAAUUUAGCUUCAAGAUCUAACAGUAUUAUUAAAAAAAUUUAUAUCAAAUGAGAGAAAACUAUAUAUUUUGUAGGGUGGAAGAAAUUAGAAUUGAAUAUUAGAAAUCUACUUGAUCAUGUUCAUAAAAUAAAUGAGAGUUUGGAUUGAAGGGGAAAAAAUCAUUUAUGCCAUAAAGUUGAAAAGUAAAUUUAAGAAGGAAAUAUCAAUUAAUAGCUAAAAAUGAAUUAAAUUUAACAUUAUUAUUUAUAAAAAUGUAAUGAAAUUUUAUAAAUCAUGGCUUAUUUAACUAUAAAUUUUGCACUGAAAUUAAAGAGCUCGAAGGAAAGUUCAUGUGGUGAAUUGUAUGAUCUUAAUAUACUUCUCUGAGCCCCAUUUGGGGUUUAAGAUGUCCAAUAUAUCUUGUUCAUACAUACAUUUAUCACUGUAUUCUGUAAUGGUUUGAUAGAAAUUCUAAAUUCUUUUUUAGCAAGGCUGUAUAAAGUCAUGUUGAACUGCUUAACAGCAAAUAAAACUUUAAAAUAUGCUAUGAAAUGUUCACCUUAAUUUUAAUAAAUAAAAUUAGAAAAAUAUAAUUUUUAAAUUUUGAUAAAUUUUCUGGAAAGUAAUUCUUUACUUUUUAAAAAUUUCCAAGAGGACAUAGAUUUACUUUUUUUGCAGUGAUAUUAUAACGCAUAGUGUUCUAUCUUUUAUAAAAUGAUGAUUUACUAUAUUUUAGUUUUUUUUUUUAUUUAUAUGUUGUACCUGUACCGGUGUUCACUGUGGUUUGGGGUUUUCUUGUAUUGAAUUUGAAGUUCCUUUUUAGACAGCUUUUCAUACUUUGUUUUCAUCUGAAUUUAGUUGCUUAUGAAUCUCACUGUUACAAAAUGUUAUAUUUCUUGUUGUGCAAUUCUAUUUUGUAAAAUUCUAAUUUAGUGCAUUUCCAAAAAUAUCAAAGUUUUUUAUUUGUUUGUUUAUUGUUAAUUAAGUACUGUUUUGUUUUGCACCUGUCUUUCAAAUUCCAUUAUUUGUGUUGCCAUUUUAGAUUGCAUUUAUGUUUCUCCAUUUUUAUCCUUGUUUUUCUUGUUUCUAUUUCAAUUAUUUUCAGGGUCAGAGAAAAUUUAAAAAGCUAAGCUUGUUUUGUUGAGUAUUUUAAAUAUUACUGACAUGAGCCGAAAUUUAAAUUUAAGAAAAAUGUCACCUCUGUUAAAAAUAACUUUAGAAAUUUUUAUUCCAUUAUCUUUUCUAAGGAAAAAAGUCUAGCAAGGUUUAUUGGCUUUAUUUUAACUUACAAGAAAUAUGCUUCAAAAAUAAUAGUAAAAUAAUUUAUUAUAUCAAACUCUUAAUUUAACACUACAUUCUUGCUUCAUGAAUAAAAAAGUAUAUCAAUAAAAUCUUGGGUUAACUUGCUAUUAUUUUCUGUACAGUCUACGUGCUGGAUGAAAAAUUAUAUGUCAGUUAAUUAUUUUUUAAUAUGUUUUAUAUAUUCAAAUUGUCUUUUAGUAAAGUAUUGUUUUUAUCUCAUUUUUCUUUUAUAAUUAUCUAAGUCAAAAUUUUAGUUUAUGAAUAUACAUUUUUCUCAUAGAAUGGUAAUUUUUUGUUACUAUUCUAUAUUCUUAUUCCAAAUGUGAUUUUAUUUUACAUUAUUGUAUGAUGUUA